ACUCGCGCAGCUCUUCACACUACACCGGCUGAACAAGGAGGGCAGAACGCGUAGGUUUACGCCGUACCAACUGACCGCCAUGGCGAAGAUCGCCGUGCCUGAUUUCCUCUUUUGGCUGGUCUGCGGCCUUUCCUGUGCUCUUGCUGGAAAAGUCAACAAGCACAAACCGUGGAUUGAAGCUUCUUACCAUGGCGUGAUCACAGAAAACAUGGAGACUGUGUUGCUGGACCCUCCGCUCGUUGCUCUUGACAAGGAUGUGGCGAUCCCCUAUGCAGGGGAAAUUUGUGCCUUUAAGAUUUCUGGCCAGGACGUUCCGUUCGAGGCGGUGGUGUUGAAUCGCAGCUCAGGAGAAGGCCUACUGAGAGCCAUGGGUCCUGUGGACUGCGAGAGCCAAAAGGAAUACACGUUCAUGAUCCAAGCCUACGACUGCGGAGCAGGACCCGGUGGGGCCGACUGGAAGAAAUCCCACAAAGCUGUGGUUCAUAUUCAGGUGGAUGACGUCAAUGAGUUUUGCCCCGUGUUUCGGGAGCCUCUAUACAAGGCUUCAGUCAUUGAAGGCAAGAUCUACGACAGCAUUUUGCAGGUGGAGGCUUGGGACCAGGACUGUUCUGCACAGUACAGUCAGAUCUGCAACUAUGAAAUUGUCACUGCCGGCACACCAUUUGCCAUAGACCGCAACGGUAAUAUCCGAAACACGGAACGACUGAGCUAUGACAGGCAGCAGAACUACACGAUUCUGGUGACAGCCUUUGACUGUGGUCAGAAGACAGCCAAGGAGCAUGUGGCUGUGCAUAUUGAUGUCAAGCCAGUCUGCAAAGCUGGAUGGCAAGGCUGGAACAAGCGGGUGGACUAUGAGCCUGGCGCUGGCAGCAAGCCUCUCUUUCCAAAGUUGCACUUGGAAACAUGCGGAGGACCCUUGUCCGGUAUCAAGGUGGUGCUGGAGCUGCUGACAAGUCACAUCGGGAAGGGUUGUGACCGGGAAACCUACUCCGAGAAGUCUCUGCAAAAACUCUGCGGAGCGGCAUCGGGCAGUACAGAGCUUCUUCCAGCCCCGAGUCCAUCCACCAACUGGACAGCGUCUCUGGUGACCGACAGUGGCCGUGACAGCGACCUCAUCUACAGAUUUGACGGACAACAGGCAGCCAAUGUUCCCGAUCAUGUGGUGCCCCAAAACCUGACGGAUCAAUUCACCAUUGCGACAUGGAUGAAACAUGGCCCGAGUCCGGGACUCCGAGCUGAGAAGGAAACUUUAUUGUGCAACUCUGACAAAACUGAAAUGAACCGCCACCAUUAUUCUCUGUACAUUCACAACUGCCGGCUGGUCUUCCUGCUUAGAAGAGAUUUCAGCCAGCUAGACACUUUCAGACCUGCUGAAUUCCACUGGAAGCUGGAGCAGAUCUGUGACAAAGAGUGGCACUAUUAUGUGAUCAAUGUGGAGUUUCCCGCUGUGACUCUCUUUGUGGAUGGAGUGACCUAUGAACCCUACCUGGUGACAGAUGACUGGCCAAUCCAUGCCUCAAAGAUCGAUACGCAGCUCACAGUGGGCGCCUGCUGGGAAGGUGGCGAGGUAGCAACUCCGAGGUUCACCCAGUAUUUCCAUGGCAGCUUGUCGGGCCUGACAAUCCGCCCGGGUCGCAUUGAAACCCAGAAGGUUAUCUCCUGUUUGCAGGCCUGCAAAGAAGGACUCGACAUUAACUCCCUUGAAAGCCUGGCAAAAGACAUCAAGUUCCAUUUUAACCCUGCGCAGUCGAUGCUGGUCAUGGAAGGAGAAGAUCUGGACAGCGUCAACACAGCCAUGACCAAGGUGUCCUACAUCAACUCACGCCAGUUUCCUACGCCGGGCUUGCGACGGCUCCACAUCAGCACCACUGUAUUGUGUUUCGGCGAGAACGCGUGUCUGUCCGUCCCAGACGUCAAGGCGGUUGUCGUGGUGCAGCCGCCCAGUGAACCGAGAAUCACCAUUACGGGAUCCGAUCGACUCGUCAGAGCCGCCGUUGACCUUGGUGCUCCGCCCGGCGUGGCACCCUUCAAGGAGCUUUACAUCACCAGCACAGUCACGAAGGGCUUUGGUGGAUCCCACAGGCCAGCUGUUAUGGAGGUGAUGCAUAACUUGGACUACUGUGACAUUCUGGUGAUCGGGGACGAGCUGAAUCCCCAAAGCGAGAGCCUGCAGAUUCAUCACAGCGCUCUGCUGGGAAAACACCUGGACGCCACCAACUCCACCUCGGGAAUGUCAAUAUAUGGUGUGGACUCCAUGGCGCACUAUGAGCAGGCACUGCGUCAGGUGCGCUACAGGAACUGGCGACCUGCCACCCUAACUGAAAGACGGUUCAGACUCACCUGCUCGGAACUUAACGGCCGUUACACCAGCAAUGAAUUCAUCGUGGAGGUCAGUGUUAUUCACCACGGAAAACCAGCGGAGCGUCUCAUGGCUGCUCAGGCGCAGUACAUGAGACCCCGUCAUCAGCCACUCAUGAUACAUGCGCCUCAUUCCCACAUGUCAGGACCAGCACCUCCAGCAGCCACAGUCGUGAUUGUGGUGUGCAUCGCUGCCCUGGUGGUGAUCGUGGUGAUCGGUGUGUACAGAAUCCACGCAACUCAUCAAGAGGGCUGCAGACAGGAAGAGGAUGGAGCCAGAGAGCCCGAGCUGGACUGGGAGAAGUCUGCGCUCAACAUCACGGUCAACCCCAUGGAGAACGUGGGAGGCGCUCGAGCACUCGGCGAAGAAGCGAGCGGCAAGUUGUGUCGGGAGGAAGAAGAGGAUGAAGAACACGUGGGAGGAAUGAGGGGCCCCUGCUGUUAUUUCCUGGCAAACAUUCCCCCCUGCUGGACACAGUUUGAACUGGUGAUGAAGGAACUCCAAGCAGUCUUGGGUUGUUACCUUGGCACUGGCAGGGUUCCGCUUCUACAGUCAUGAACAAACAUGGUGUUUAAGUAUAUAGUUGGGGCCCUAGCCAUCAUACACUACUCAUAAAAAGCUGGGAAUAUCGGGUGGAAUUUCAGGAUCAACCAAAAAUGUGACGCAACUUUGACGGUGUUAACGUUCUAGAAACUUUUAUCAUGGUGUAUGAUCCACGGAAAUGCCCAAGCAGGUCCACUUCUAUGCCUUGCUGUGAGACUCUUCUAGUGUCAGUAGCUGGUUACAGCUUAGAGACUGGAAGAGUCACAGAAAGGCAAAGAAGUGGAUGUCCUUGUGAAUUUUGCCAUUCAGCUUCUUGUUGAAGAACAGCAAGUCCUGCAAAAAGGAGCUAAAACAUUAAACGGCAGGACAUCUUCAUUAAUAGGUCAAAUGUGAAGGUUAGCGGGCAGUGGUUCACUUUCCACCAAGUACUGCCUAUCACAAAAACUUGUGCUCUCCAAGUAUCACUGUCAUGACCAACAGUAAAAUACAGUUGUGUAAAGUUAAUCAAAAACAGCUUUUUUUUUGGCCUCAAACAAUAUUACAAUAUUAAUAUU